AUGCCUGUCUCCGCUUUCACUUCACAGCCGGGCGCCCGGGGGCCGUUCCCCGGUGCUGCUCCCCGUUUUCCGUACCCUAACCCCGCUGUCUCCGCAGGUCCGUCCCCGCCGGGCGCCUCGGGCCCGCGCCCUCCCUGCAGGAAGCGUCGCAAGUCCCGGACCGCGUUCACGGCGCAGCAGCUGCGGGAGCUGGAGCAGCGAUUCCGGCGGCAGCGCUACCUCUCCCCGGUGGACCGGGACGCGCUGGCGGCCCCGCUGGCGCUCUCCGCCGCCCAGGUCAUCACCUGGUUCCAGAACCGCCGCGCCAAGCUCAAGCGGGACCUGGAGGAGCUGCGGGCGGACGUGGCCUCGCUGCAAGCGCUGCCCCCCGCCGCCCUGCAGCAGCUGGCGGGGCUGCCCGAGCCCCCGGGAUCUCCCGGUACCGGCACCGGGACCACAGAGCCCGCCGAGCUCUCGGAGGAGGAGAUCGACGUGGCGGACUGAGCCCAGCACGCUCGGCUCCGCUCCGACCCACUCGGACCGAAACUGCUCCCUUUCGGAUCCACGCGGCCCCAUUCGGGCCGGCUCGGCUGAGUUCGGAUUCACUCGGGUCCGUUCAAGCAGAGUGAAUUCGUUCGGAUCCACUGGACUCCGUUCGGCUCCGUUCGGGUGCACUCGGACUGACCCGGCUCCGCCACAUCUGCUCGGCUCGGUUCCGAACGGAGCCGAGCCCA